CCACCUUGAAUCUUGGUUCCUUGACUUUUGCCCUACUGAAACACAUCCUGCCCUCCUCCACAGGGAAAAACAGGUCUAUACCAACCUCUGUGUGACACCUCCUCAUAUUCCUCUCCAUGUAGAUCAGCAAAGUGGCUGGUGACCCCCCAAGGGAAGAAGAUGCUCCAAUCUGUCCAUCACAUGCUUGAUGUGUGUGCCCAGCAGGCAACAGCUCUCUCUCACCACCACUUCAGUACCCCUUAGCCCAAUGAUGAGUCCCCAGUGAUGACCACUCAUCAUGGUCUCUUCCCAGUGUUGAUAGAUGGCUGUGGUUUGGCCCUCAUCUCUCCUGCAAUGGCCCCCUGGCUGCAUCUGGCCCCAGGCUGGAGUUCCCAAAAGGUCAGUCCCCCAGGUCCUCAUCAGCCCCAGCCUCCCCAAGCAAAGAAAACCUGUUUCCCAGCUCCAGGUUGGCUCUAGGAGAUGGAGGAGCCUGUGCUGGCCUCCUCCUGCAGAUGACAUGCCUCCAUGUCUCCCUGACUGUUUCUUCCUCAGCCCUUCCCCUCAUCCUUCUGCCUGGAAAGAGGAUGCUCCCAGCCAGCCUGGAGAAUUCUCUCGGCCAUGUAAAGGAAUUGAUCACCCUACAAGAAAAACAGAACAAACAAUUUAAAAAAAGACAUAAGGGAAGAAUGUCCCUGGGCAGCCCGGGCAGCAGCUAAGGGACACAGACAAGAGAUAUUUCCAGCUGAGUGCAGCUUAAUAAGCCUCUGAUCCUCUGCACAAGCUCCUACCUUGCCUUCUCCAGUUCCCUGGCCACUCUCUGCACACUCUCUGCUGCUCUGCCAAGAUCGAGAAGGAAGAAUGAAUAUGACACUGAUCAUUCUUAUACUGCUAGUAGCAAGGAAAGAGCAAUUUCCAUCAAGAUUGUUGGGAUGUAUGCAUGUAUACAUUUGUGCGGGUGCAAUGUGUGGGUUCUGACCCCAUGUCAGCUGCAUGUGUGGCACUCACAACUGAGUAUGGUGUCCAUCCCUGUUCUAAGGAUUAGAAACUUAAUGUCUUUUAAAAAGGAGAACAACAACAAAACAGAGAAAUGCUGAGAUUCUCUGCCAAGUACCACAUCUUGUGCCUUCAGUGCUGCUCUUGCAGAAUUGCAGCACACAUGCAAUCUAGCCUGUGGUCUUCAUAGAAUCAUAUGUUGGAAGGGGUCAUUUAGAUAAUUGAACCCAGCCCACUGCUCAGUGCAAGAAUCCAGCUUAAAGCAUUUCUAGCAGAUGACUAUCCAGUAAGUAAGGGGGAUUGAAAUUCUUCUCCAACGUGUCUCUUCUAUAUCCAGGGCUGAAAUAGUAGAGGAGAAGGAGCCAUUAAGGUAAAAUCUGAUGGCUUUAAAUUUCACUGUAGUUUCCAUUUCUUCUCAUUCAAGAUGACAGAGAGCAUUGAUUGGUUACAGAGUCAGAGUGGAUUGUGCAAAGUUGAUCGUUAUACCCCCACUGAUGAGGAGGAACAGUAUUGGACGACUGACUCAGCCAAGCUUUUACAACAAACUUCCUCUGAUCCACUCAAAGUCUUGAGCUGGCUCCGAAAAGAUCUGGAAGAGUGUUCAAUCAGAGUGCAAAAUGUGUUGAAUGCCAGCAAUAAUGCAGGUGGUGCCAGGUCAAGGGAGCCAUCUGUGGGGAGGCAAAGCAUGCCACACCGCAAUAUGCAUUCUCCUGGUGGGUACAGCGUCUGUGAUGAGGAAUUCAGUGUGAAUGUCAGCUCCAACAGGGGAUCUCCUAGUUUUCACUUGGCAAUGAAGGCUGCUUGUCAAAAGGAAUCCAAGGAAGAAGAAAGUGAUGGUUCUACUUCACCCAAUACAAAUCCUGAUCCUGAUGAAGUCUCUUUUUACUGUAAUAGGCUUUCUAACCUUGCCAUAGCAAUGGCACGCAAAGAGAUGACCGAUCGGUCAGAUGUCAACAACACAUGUAUACAUAAGUCACUUUUUGCUGCUUCUGGAGACCAUGGUCACAGGUCUAUUGGAGUGGAUACAGAGGACUGCAAGCCAAAUCCAUCCAGGAUGUGUGAAUGCAAAUAUGAAGAAAGUCCCAGUUCUAAAAAGAAAGCUUCAUUUUAUUACAAAGAAGAAAAUACAGAAAUACCUAAUAAGAGUGAACCUUGCAGAGAUGGAACCAAAGGCUGCAACCAUAGGAAACGCUUUGGUCGAGAUGAAUAUACCAACUCACUGAGUAAAGGAAUAUUGGUUUAUGCCAAUAAUGUGGUUUCAGAUAUGAUGGUCUCUGUUAUGAAGACAAUGAAAAUCAAAGUGAAUGACUCUAAUGUAGCUUGUGCAGUUUUGAAAAAGGUAUUGCUGAAGCACUCUAAGGAGGUUGUGUCUGACCUGAUAGAUUCCUGCAUGAAAAACUUGCAUGAUGUUACUGGUACACUCAUGACUGACUCUGACUUUGUUUCAGCAGUGAAACGGAGCCUCUUCACCCAAGGAAGUCAAAAGGCCUCUGAAAUUGUCCAAGCCAUGCUGAAUCGGUUACAUAAUGCUCUUAUCGUACAAAAGCAGGUGAGCGAGAAGGCCAGGUCACAGAGCAUGGCCUUUGCAACUCUCAAGACAGGUACAGGAAGUGAUGCAAAGAGUCAGAACAUGAGGUUUUCUGCCACAAAAACAGAAACAGUUAAAGACAAGGAAAUGACAUGUGCAGAAACAGUUGGCAAUCACAUCAUAAAGGAGGGCCUCACUAUGUGGCAUCAGAAACAACAGAAUAACACUGUAGGAUCAAAUGUCCCGCCAUCAAAAGCUGUCUUGAAUCCAGAAAAUCAAGACUUUUCUAAUCUUUCAACAGAUUCCUGGGCAAGAGACCUGAUUGUGACAGCAUUACUGCUGAUACAGUAUCAUCUAGUCCAGCAGGAAAAUUCUAUGAAGGAUGCAGCUGAAGGUGGCAGGUCUAGUAAGGCAGCUGGCACCACUUUAGGGUUUAUGUCUCAAGAAACUGGUGGCAAUUUACUGGCAUCACCAAAACAAUUUGAUACAUUAAAACAAAAUGACGAUGAACAUGUUGAAGCAAAUACUCAAAAUGAUAUGUCAAGUGUUGUUGUAAUGCUCAUCCAGAAGCUCAUCAAUGAGACAGUCAACAAAUUAGGAGGAAACGCUGGGACUUUGACGAUAGAUGAAACAUACAAGAGUGGUUACAGAUGCCCUGAAGGACCAGGGGCAUCAGGCCUUUCAGAAGUAGAUCACUCUUAUGAAGAGGCCAUAUCUGGACUAACCAAAAUGAUUUUGGAUCAGUUUGAUGUCAACAGGAAGGAAGGAGGCAGUGGGCCAUUCAUUGACAACCUGGUCGAUACAGUGACCAAGUUGUGUCUCAUGAUAGCUAAAUACAGCAAUCCAGAGUCAGGUCUUGGAGAUAUGGGUGAUGGAGAAGAUGCCUCUGGGCCUAUAUAUUCAAAGGGCACAGAAACACUGGAAAACCGAAUAGGGUCAGGUGAAGACAGUGCAUCUGGGCACAAAGUGGUUGUGACCAACCAGAAUGCUCCUGAAAAUAUUCACAACAAACAACUCCAAGCCAUCCUUCAGUGGGUAGCAGCUUCUCAGUUAAGCAUUCCUGUUUUGUACUUCAUGGAUGAUGAUCAGGAGACCUUGAAUAAGCUUCAACAACUCUCCACAGUGGCAGUGGAAAGGGGCUACAGCGUGGGAGAAGUGAUGCAAGCAGUACUGAAGUAUGAGAAGGAAAGGCAGCUGGGAGAGGCACUGGGGAACUUUGUGCGGUUGCCAGUACUGGACUGGCUGCUUCGGAAUUUGUGAACACAAUGUCUCUCCUGCUUUUUCUUCCUUCACAGCAUAGUUCUGUCAACCUUAAUUGCAGCACUCAUUUGUCAGAUAUGAUAUUAUGAGUUUUACUAAUACAACCCCCUGCUGAGCAGUCAUAUGAAUAAAACAAGAAAAUACUUAUGUA